UUAGCUCUUAUUGUUCUCAGAAACUACUUUGACUGCCUUCUGCCUGGGUUCAAUAUAUAUCGACAGCAUUAGGCACAUCUGGGUAAUAAGUGGACCAGAUAUUUUUCAAGUGGACUUAAAAAAAAUAAUGAGCUCUUCAAAGCUGAAUAAUAGGGCAGAAAGUCAUUUCACUGCCCAAGAAGAACUGGAGCUAGAAAGUUUUGGGAAGAAAGCCUGGGAUAACCCUGCUUAUAGUCACUCUCCUCCAACUUCCCCUUUUAAAGUCCGAGCAAUUUACAACCCGAGAGCAAUUAUACCAAAUCCUUAUGAGAAUGCAGGGAAGCUAGCCAACUUUCCCAUAUACCAAGAUGAAGAGAAAUCAGAGGGCGAUGCAACAAAGAAGCAGUCACCAGGAUGCUGUUAUCAGGUCUUCAGAGGGAUCAGAGGUCUGUGGGGAACAACACUGACUGAAAAUACUUCAGGAAAUCAGGAGCUUUUUGUCAAGACAACACUACGAGAGCUAGUUGUUUAUAUUGUGUUUUUGUUGGAUACUUGCUUGUUAACAUAUGGAAUGACAAGCUCAAGUGCAUAUUAUUACACUAACGUGAUGUCGAACCUCUUUCUCUACACAUCAGGAAGCAGUGGAGUCAGCUUUAACUCGAUUGGUAGUAUGAGCGACUUCUGGAGUUUUGCUCAAGGCCCACUGUUGGAUGGCUUAUACUGGACUAAAUGGUAUAACAGUCAGUCUCUUCCAUAUGGCCCUCAAUCUUUUAUUUAUUAUGAGAAUUUACUCCUUGGUGUACCAAGAAUUCGUCAGUUAAAGGUUCGUAAUGACUCCUGUGUUAUACACAAGGAUUUUCGAGAGGAUAUAAAUGGAUGUUAUGAUGUUUACAUUGACUACAAAGAAGACAAAAAUUCAUUUGGCAUAGGAAAUGGGACAGCAUGGACCUAUCAUUCUGAAGAUGAAUUGAAAGGAUCUUCAUACUGGGGGAUAUUGUCAACUUAUAGUGGUGGGGGAUAUUACCAAGACCUAAGUGUGAACAAAGAUGAAAGUGGUCAAAUUAUACAGAACCUGAACAAUAACCUCUGGCUUGACAGAGGAACUCGUGCUGUAUUCAUUGAUUUCUCUGUCUAUAAUGCCAACAUAAACUUAUUUUGUGUCAUACGACUAGUGGUGGAGUUUCCUGCAACUGGAGGUGCAAUCCCAUCCUGGCAGAUCUGGACAGUGAAGCUCAUUAGAUAUGUUAACAACUGGGAUUAUUUUGUAAUAGCCUGUGAAAUCAUCUUCUGUGUUUUCAUAUUCUAUUACAUUGUAGAAGAGAUUCUUGAAGUGCGUAUACACAAACUGACAUACUUCAAAAGUGUGUGGAACAUUUUAGAUGUAUUAGUUAUAAUACUAGCACUUGUUGCCAUCGCAUUCAGUAUCUUUCGGACAAUCAAGGUGAAUUCACUGUUGGGAAAGCUUCUGAAAAACCCAACUAUCUAUGCUGACUUUGAAUUCCUGGCAUUUUGGCAAACACAGUACAACAACAUGAAUGCUGUCAAUCUGUUCUUUGCAUGGAUUAAGAUUUUCAAGUACAUCAGUUUUAAUAAGACAAUGACACAGCUUUCAUCUACCCUGGCACGUUGUGCAAAGGAUAUCCUAGGAUUUGCCAUCAUGUUCUUUAUUGUCUUCUUUGCCUAUGCUCAGCUGGGUUAUCUAAUAUUUGGGACACAGGUGGAAAUCUUCAGUACCUUUGUCAAAUGCAUUUUUACCCAGUUUCGUAUCAUCCUUGGAGACUUUGAUUACGAUGCCAUUGAUAAGGCCAACAGAAUCUUAGGACCCAUUUAUUUUGUCACAUAUGUGUUCUUUGUCUUCUUCGUCCUACUUAAUAUGUUCCUGGCAAUUAUAAAUGACACAUACUCAGAAGUGAAAGAAGAACUGUCCAAAGAGAAAAAUGAAGUACGGCUUUCUGAUAUAAUAAAGCAGGGCUACAACAAGACACUGAUGAAGCUCAAGCUGAAAAAAGAACGGAUUACAGAUGUACAAAAAACUUUACAGUUGGGGUCAAAGCAACUGGAAUUUGAAGAUUUCAGAAACAGACUAAAAGAAAUGGGCCACGAUGACCACGAAAUUACUGCAGCCUUUAAAAGAUUUGACCAAGAUGCCAACCAUAUACUUGAUGAGGAAGAACAAAAGAGAAUGAGAAGUGAUCUGGAAGAAACAAGGGCAGCCCUAAAUACUGAAAUUGAAAAUUUAGGAAGGACUUUUGAUGCUGGCAGCCUUGACAAAUCGGUAAACCUUUUAGAUGUUAAAGAUUCUUAUUCCAGUAAAGUGAAUGUCAUCUCUCAGGAUGAGUUACAAAUGUUAGCACGGCGAGUUGCACAGCUGGAGCACACCAUUAGCAGCACUUCUUCUAAAAUGGAUGCUAUAAUGAUGAAGCUGGACAUGCUAAACAGAAACAAACAGAAGCAGAAAGAGGAUGAAAACUUCAACCAAGAAGAACUUAUACACCAAAAUCUGAACCAGCUGGUAAACGAAGAGUUGAAGAACUGGAAAGCAAAGGCUGGUCUCCGAACGGAGAACAAUGGCAGUGCUAGUUCAGGAAACAUGAGAAAUAUUUAUUUCAACAUUCCUGGGCCAGGAUCAUCACCAUCAGAUCCUCAAAAACUCAGUGCUAGGCCCCCAUUCUAACAUUCAGUUCUAGAAAAUGUCAUCUGUUUUACUUAAAUGUGUGCUUUCCUUGUCUGUUGAGACUCUGAAUUUACUGAAUAGCCUUAAUAGCAUCUUUCUUUUUCCAAGGCUCAGAAAAGUACAUAUUCACAAAAAUAAUGACAGAAAUAUAUAAGUAGUUCAGUUACACUUCUGCAAAUACUUUUCAUCUUGUUUCAACUGCUGUUAAUUGUUGUGCAUAUACUACUUAUAAAACAGCUAUUGUCCGAUAUCAGAUACCUCUACUGGAAGACGCAGAUACAUUUAACAAUUACGUUCUAAGAUACAGCAUUACAUGACUAAGGCAGUCAAU